UCGACAAUUCGUUCGUAACAAUAUUUACAAUCAAAGAAAUUCAAAGAAUGUCAACAAUCAAAAAAAUUAUCAACAUUUUAUGGCAAAGACAUUCAAUAAAUUUUAUAUUAUUAUUAUUUAUGGCAUCUGGUAUGAUGAUUAAUAGUUUAAUGCUUGUUUUAACACAUGAAAGAAUACCAUCACAAUUAAAACCAUUACCUGAUAUUGGUUUUGAAAUAUUAAUACGUAAUAAUAAUUUAAUUGUAUUUACUGAAUUAUAUAUUACAUUACAAAAUUUAUCAUUUUUAUUUGUACUAUUAUUUCAUUGGGAACGUGAAAGAAUAUUUCGUCGUUUUACAUUCGUAACUGGUUUAGCAUAUAUGAUAAGAUCAAUGUAUUUUCCAAGUACAUCAUUACCGCCAAGUAUUUUCAAUAGUUGUUCACCAAAAUUCCCCGCGAAUAUUACUGUUAGUGAAUAUUCUAUUCGUUCAAUCAAUCGUAUGAUUGCCUUUUCAAAGACAUUCGGUUUCGUAACACAACAAAAAUUCAAUCUUUGUGGUGAUCAAAUAUUUUCCGGUCAUACUAUUAUUAUUAUUAUGGUACACCUGUUUAUCGAUACUUAUUAUUAUUCAUUAGCAUUAAAUACUGAUAUAAUUAAAUGUGCAAUGAUUAUAUUGAAAAUAAUACAUUGGAUAUUAAGUACAAGUGCAAUUAUAUCAUUAAUUAUAUCACAUCAACAUUAUACAAUCGAUAUAAUCAUUAGUGUUUAUGUUUGUACCCAACUAUUUUGGACAUAUCAUUCCCUGUGUAUGGAACGAAGAUUUUUUCGCCAAUUAAAACAACGUUAUCAUCAUCAUCAACAACAACGACAACAUCGACAACAUCGAAGUGAUGGACGAUCCAAAAAUCUUAUCAAUUAUUUAAUCAAUUUUAAUAUCGAUGAUUCGGAUUCAAAUUUUAUUUAA